AUGAGUGUCUUGACCAAGCGAGAGAAGACCGUGCCUGGCGGACUGGAGAAAUUCUCCGGAAAGCACCACGAGUAUGCUACUUGGAAAGACAAGCUACUCACGCACGUGGCCCAAUUGGACUUGGAGGCCGAGAACAAGUUACUCGAAGCCGGCGAUCCGGACCCGAAGGAGAUCAUGGUAUGGCGCAAGGCGGACGCAGCCAUGAGGCAUGUCCUCAACUCGACCCUCCCAAACUCGUUUCUCUCGUCCCUACCGGACGAGGUGCGAAACAUGGAGGUGUGUCUUAUUUGGCAGCAUCUCGAACGGAAGUUUGCGUUUGGUGAUGCUGGAGGAUUGGUGGCGUGGUCGAAUCGGUGGACUCAGAUUCUGAACUCGAAUUGGAAAGACACCAUGGCCCUGUUCUCGCUGUUCAACCAAGCGCAGAACGAGAUGAAUCGGAAGUCUAAGAAGCUACUCGGCAAGGAGAUGAUGACGGAGACGAUGCUGUGCGUGCAAGUGUUGGCGCAGCUCCCAAGCGAGAUUUGGGCAUCUUCGAUUGAGCUCACGGAGGAAGCGUUCACCGCCGAAAAGGUCGAGGCGGCGCUGAACAAGUUGUUUGGUGGCCGAUCCCGGAAGCAGAUCACGGGAAAUGGCGAUGCGACAACGGUGGCGCGCAUAAACCAUGUCAAGAGUGAGCGUGCUGUGCGUGGAUACGACACUAAGAAGCGCAAGUCGGAUGCCAACACCAAGCGGGCGCCCAACGGAACUAAGAAGAUUGCCACGGUGCAGCACGUUGCAAAGAAACAAAGGACGAAGCGUGACGCACCCACGGACGUCGAGAUGGAAGAAGAGUUCAAGCUACCUGAAUCGGAAAAUGCCGGAUCGGAAGACGAGAAUGGAGGCUGUCUGCUGAGUUUCGGUCAAAUCGACACCAGGGAGGUGGACUAG